ACCAGUGGCUAGGGGGCGGUGACGCACAGUGUCCUAGUAACUCUGGAUGCGACAAAAUUGAAGUUUGUCCACAACAGGACUCCGUACAUCCGUCAGGAGACAAGCAUGGCGGCCGCUCUGGCAAGGAGGGUGUCCGGGCUGCUGAGGCCGCUGUCGGUCUCUCUGGCUGCCAGGACACCACAGCUCUGUAAGCUCUCCAUCCUCCUCCAGCCUCCACCUCUCUACAGCUCUGCUGCAGCCGCUCUCCGAGCUCCUCAGCCGGCUGCAGUGUGUCAGACACCCCGGUACAACCUCCUACGACGGGUAUCGGCACUUAUUCCCAGUGUGACUCAACAACCAAGCAGAAGUCUGACGUAUGUCAGUCUGAAGAAGGGGAAGAGGAAGAGUGUAAAAUCCGUGACAGACCGGUUCAUGAGGCUGCAUUGUGACCUUUGGAUCAGACGAAAGGCUGGAUACAAGAAGAAACUGUGGAAGAAGAAACCUGCCAGACGAAAGCGCCUGAGGGAGCUUGUAUUCUGUAACAAAACACAGAGCAAGCUUUUCGAUAAAAUGACAACCUCUUUUUGGAAAAGGAGGAACUGGUUUGUUAAUGAUCCAUACCUGAAGUACCACGAUCGGGUCAACCUCAAACUGUAAUUUGCUGAUUCAUGUAGUGACAUCUUGUUUUCUGUAUUAAUGUUAUAUACGUAAUAAAAUCAUAUAUCUUGAAUGA